AUGGCCAGCCUGAGGACGAGGCCCGAGAGACUCGACUGCGAGGCUGUCCUGCUCGAGGUUGCAGUGGGUGAGAGGUUGCGCUGUUGCAGGCGUCGACUCAGGCGCAGGCGAGCACCGGAGGGGCCGCGCCAACCAACGCACACAGCCACGUGCACAGACAAUGAGGCCGCGAGGGUCACCUCCGAUCCACGUUCCGUUCAUCUGUUGUCAUUACAAGUUGAUAUAAGCUCCCAUCCCGCCAUCACUCGAGCACGCACCCCGUCCCGGUGUGUGCAUCCCUCGCCCACAGCACACUGGCAUGCCGGAGGAGUGGGUGGGGUGUGUAGGGGUGGGGCGUGGAGGGGAACGCAGAACCGCACGUGUCCACCUGCCGUUGGGUGCGGUGUGAUAGUCAGUGGGGAUUUUGGUGAACAUUUUCAUCGCCGGGGUCGUGCGCCGGGUGUGCGGACCGAAUGGAUUUUGACGGGCACAGGCUACUUACUUGUCGAGCAGGUAACUCGCCUUGAUCUCGUCGUCUAUCAAACGCCUCAAGUCUGCGGCUGUUUUGGCUAUCCGGGCCUACUUGUGAAGCCCAUGAUCGAUGUUCACCAAGCCGGGAGUUUGCAAAAUCAUGGCUUUAUUUGUCCUCGGUUGAAGAAGAUUGCUGUUCGAAUGGGUCCUCUUAGCAUAAUCAGUUCUCCAUUACUAAAUUUAGCCCCCUACCUGGAGGGAUCUCGAAUUUCCCAGAUGGAGAGUCCCAAAAAUUCCAGCAUAUUGAAGCGCCUUCCCAACUCAAUUCGCUUUCAAAACAGUAGCAAAUCAGAGCACCAUAAUCAGCCCGGAAAGCUAGACGCGUCCACUGUUGGUCGACCGGUACAACGGCAGAUCGAUGAACACACGACAGAACAACGUCGGAACGCACUCCGUCUGCUCGACAGCGAUAUUGCCAUGUUUUCUGGUGAAGACGAACAAUCUCGCGAACACGUCUUUAGUUAA